AUGCACAGCGGAAGAUUGAAAGCUAGACGAAUAGGAACUUUUUUAAAGAAGCAAUUCCCAUGCAACCGAAUACUGGUUCAAAGAAUCUUUAAAUCCACAGUUCAUGCGACGGUGGCCCUUAUUUUAUGCCUGAUACCAAAGGUCAGGGAUCGGAUCGGUAAUCAACCGGCCAUGUUACCCCUGAUAGCGGUGAUGGUUCAUCCAGGUCGCAGAGUAAGUGCUACAAUACAAGGUGCUAUGUACGCCAUCACUGGCCUGCUCACCGGGCUGGCUUACUCGCUUUUUGGUCGUUUUCUGGCUCAGAGAUGUUUAGGGAGCACAUGGUCAAUAUUGAGCGAAACUGAGCAGUAUGAAUUCCACUAUAAACGUUACGAAAGUGCGUUGGCAAUUUUAGCUGUAUUUGAGACCCUCAUGUUGUUCUUCCACGGCUGGAUGCGCUCUGUAUCUCAUCAUUAUUUCGGAAUUGUUUUCCCUCUUUUCCUUGUGGUUCACUUCGCGUUCAUGGCUCCUUUAGAGCAAAAUGCAGCUACAGUAGCGAAAGCUUUUAGCGUCCCAUUUUACCUUGGAAUUGGAAUGUCUCUUUUCUGGAAUUUGGUGCUCUUUCCCGAAUUUGGAAGCACUUAUUUAGGCAAUGCAACUGUCGAUGUUCUUAACGAGGUUCACAAAGCUUUCGACUCCUCAAUCAGUUAUUUUAUUACGUUGUCUGCCGACCAGUCUAACUCUCUAUAUUCCCAUGGGUCUACAUCUUUGGCAACGCUUCUUAAGUUGAAAGACACGGUGGAUAAAAAGGUCUCCAAUUGUUGCUCGGUUUUAGACGAGUGCAUUUACGAAAUUUCCUACUCCUAUGUGUCACCGACAGACUUGAGGCCUAUGUUCGGCGAUCUGAAGAACUUGUCUUUAUACAUUAAUGCUUUGGUGAAUGCAUGUCAACUCCAGUUUGUUCUGGUUCAUGGAAUGGAGAAAGACAUGAAAGAGAAAACGCAUCUCUACUCGCUGACGGAGAAGGAAAUCGUUCACGCAGAUGUUCACCGUCUAGUGAGUGUUCUCAACAAGCUGAAGGUCCCGAUAUUUGACUUACACAAGAAGUUGAGUGACGCGCUAUAUGUCAUAAAGCUGGCAAUAGCAUAUACUCAGGAUGUUAAUUUAAAAGAGGUCCUGGAAUCUCCGUUGUCUUCGUCUCCGUCACCAGAGCUUACCGAAAGGACCAAUGUAUCCGAUCUCGAUUUUGAAGAGCACAUCAAUCGGCUCAUGGAUGCGUCUAUUUCCUUUGAUCUUCGGUUUCGAGAGGAAAUGAUCCAAUUAAAUGUUGAUUUGCUCACACCCAAAGAUGAGAUGUUUCUGCUUUCAUCAUUUUUAAUGAACUUUAAAGAGGUGACAAAUUCUGUUGUUGAGAUCAUGCGGGUGACCAAGAAAAUCUAUGAAACUAGAAAACAAAGAGAAGCUAAAGGUUGGAUUCGCGGGAAAAGUGUAUGGAUAAACUUUUUAACCAAUUACGAAGAUUUCAAAAAAUGGUUUCGAGGAUCAAUGCGAUCUCAGACCAUUACAGAAGGUCAAAGUCUUACCGGUGGUGUCACGGGUAAUAAUUAUAGACCCCCAGGUGACAUGGCUGUUAUCAGGCCUCAGAAUGAAGAAGAAGAGAUGUUAGGACAACAAAGUUCCAAUACAGUAGAGCUUGAUAGAGAAUAUGAGUCUGUCUCUUUGCCCCUGACAUCAAACCACAUGAACAUCAGCAAUCAAAGGAACAAAUCAGCAGUUCCAGCGACCAGAAGCUAUGGAACCCGCGUUAAGAAAAACUCUUCGCGAGCGUUGAGAAAGACAUUAAUAUUCUUUAAUAAGUUCUAUGUCCGGUGUCGAGAGCACUUCCGAUUUGGACUGCAAGUAACGAUUGCCCUAAUGUUAGCUUCGUUUCCUAUGUUUAUUCCAAAAGCGCGAAAGUGGUAUAUGAACAUUAGAGGUACAUGGGUUGGUUUCGUCUGUAUUUUGGCUUUAGAGCCUUCUGUGGGUGGCACAUUCUGGGUGUUUUUCCUCCGAGGUGUUGGUGUUAUAAUAGGUGCGGCAUGGGGCUAUUUGUCAUAUGUUGCUGGCGUGAAACAAACGAAUCCUUAUUUGGAAGUUAUAAUAACAAUUUUCGGUGCAGUUCCUGGAUUCUACUUUCUUCUAGGAUCCCCCUAUGUGAAAGCUGCAAUUAUCCAAAUUAUAAGCAUUUAUAUUGUUAUGCUUGCGGCCAUUCUGCCCUCCGAUAUUCAGGGGUCCAUAUUAUCCAAUUUCGCUAAAAGAUGUCUCGCAGUUGGUUAUGGUGGCGGCAUUGCCGUCUUUGUUCAAUUCACACUUUUUCCAAUCAAGGCAAGAGAUCAGCUGAACGAAGAGAUUGCAUUUGUUACGGGUUGUAUAAGUGAAAUGGAGCGACUGGUUGCUACAGGCCUAGAGGGUGAGGCUUUCAAUCCCAUCUUAUUGGAGAGAAACUUUAAGAGACAUUCGGAACUUUCCGAAGGUGCAAAGGCAGCAUUAGGACGGGCAAGUGUUUAUAAGGGUUUAACUCGUCAAGAACCCAGACUGAAAGGUAAUUACACAGAAUUGGAGGAGGUCUUCACACAGAUAAUUUUUGUUCAGAGACAAAUCAUCGAUCGAAUGGACAAUAUCAAACUUUUGAGAAAGCAACAUGGAAGCGCCAUUGCUGAAGAGCUUAAUCAUGUGCUAUACCCCUACAGGCGACAGUUUGUUGCGUCCGUUAAUUGUUCAAUGAGGGCUGUCCAGGAAGCGAUAAUUAAUAAGACACCAUUACCACAUUUUUUGCCUAGCGCUAGAAUUUCUCAUAGAAGGCUGGUGAACAAAGUGCGAGAGACGUUGAAGGUGAGGUAUAGGGGCCAAAUCACAAGUCUAAACCCCCGCAAAAUGGUCGAUGUUUUUCAGCAAGACGAACCGAGCGGCAAUUCCGAAUUUGAAGAAGGGCUGGAAAUGAAGCCGAAAGCUAGACCAAGAUUUUCGUUACCUCCGCAUGAUUACAUAACCAAGGAAAAGUUUCUGGCUUGGAACGCCACAAGUGCUGCCACGGAAGAAGUGGUAGAAUACAUUGAAGAGCUAGUGCAGCUUACUAAAAUUUUGGUUGGGGUCAACGAAUUCAAAUACGGUUUCCUAUCUCGUCCUUUAUACGAGGAUUGGGCAGCUGAGGCCGCCGUAGAUUUCCAAGAUUUCGUUAAAAAGAGAAACACAACAACCCACGACAUUGAGUCUCAGAAUUCGCGCCCCUUGUCAUCGAUUCGGUCAUCGGAUCAAGAGGGUUCCGAUGAUUCCUUAGAGCAGGACGAGCCUGUUGCUCUGAACGAGGCACCCGAUUUUGAUUCGUCGGGUAAAAAUACUAUUUCCAAAACAUUACGGAACCGUGCUUUCUCCAUCGCAUCCCGUGUUUCUUCCAACAACAAAAGUGGCAAUAAUUUGAACAAGACGCAAACUCUGGGGGAUACUGAAACACGUGAUGAAAUAGAACCGGACUCUGAAACCGAGCUUCCUUUGGCUUUGAAGAGAGUUCUUUCUCGCAGGCGUCAACACUAA